GGAAGGGUUCAAGAAAUGAAGCUCACAUUAUUUAGAAUUUAAUUCACUAGUUAUGCCGAAAAUUUGUUUUUUGCUAUUCGGAAAAAUUAAUACUACCUGACUUCAGUGUUUGCUAAUACUAAAUUAUUUCAUCAUAGUUUGAAUUUUAGCUGAAUUUCUAUUUAUGUGAAUAUUUUUAUAUAAUCUUCUUGUAGUACCAUCCAAUCAAGCUCUUUUCCAUCUGAAGUCAUUACCUAUGACCAAUGGGUACAACUGAAACCAGAACCAAAGAGCAUGUUUUCUGGUUGGAUUAAAGGCGCCUUUUGUGGUGGAAAGAAAGAGAUGCAAGAAUCGAUACAUCAGAAGCUAAAUUUCACCCUUAGCACAGCUACAAUGUGGGAUAGGCUGGAGCUUAAAGGAAAUAAAUAUGUCCUUGGGGAAUUUCUGGAUUUCAAGGGGAAACAAGAAGACAUCAAUGCUUUGAAAAAUAUCAGAAGAUCAAAAGUUAGUCGCCUGAUCAUCCAAAAGACAAGCAUGUUUGGAUUAGCUCACUCAGAACUCCAAGUUCUGUAUUCUCCUUGGCAUUAUUGGAGUGAAGGGGCUUCAGGUUCGGAGUGGAAGGAAGUUACUGUAAGAUCGAGUACUGAGGUUCUCUUUCAGCCAGAUAAUUAAACUAAAGUCUGAAAAUUCAAGCUCACUUCAGUUGUUUCUUUGACACUGAGUGCCUAAAGAAACCUCAACUGAACACAUGUUAGCUUUUCUGCAGGAUGGAAAAGUUGAGUUUGUUAUGUUACCUUUGAAUUCCUUUCUUGUUGUAACGUCUUAAUUAUUGGUUAUGCUAUGCAGGUAUAUUGUAUAUAUUGUAGUGGAGAUUGAAUUUAAAGUGCUUAGUUCAUGCGGGAAAGAAGUUUAAAGAAUUGACUUAUAAUACCAUACCAAUUGCACCGAACAAAGAAACA